AUGUUGUUAUUCUCUAGUAAUUUUGUUGCUGAAAAAUGGCUAGGAUUUGUGACAGCAAUAUGGGUACAAACAAUAUGUGGAAACAAUUAUACAUUUGCAAACUAUUCUGAUGUGUUGAAGUCUCUGAUGUUUCUGAGUCAGAUGCAGCUUAACAAUCUCUCUGUUGCUAAAGAUGUUGGCAAAGCUUUUGGUAUUUUCUCUGGUCUUGUUUCUGAUCGUUGGCCAACGUCUGUUAUUCUCAUGAUUGGUGCUACCAUGGGGUUCAUUGGUUAUGGUGUUCAAUGGCUUGUUGUUAGCCAAAGAAUCACCCCUCUACCUUAUUGGCUGAUGUGUGUGUUCUUAUGUAUGGGAGGAAACAGCUCAACAUGGAUGAACACAGCAGUACUUGUAACUUGCAUGAGAAGCUUCCCGAACAACCGCGGUCCAAUUUCUGGUAUUCUUAAAGGUUAUUUAGGACUCAGCACAGCAAUCUUCACUGAUAUAUGCACAGCUUUGUUUUCCUCGGAUCCAUCCAAGUUUCUAUUGAUGCUCACAAUUGUCCCUGCUGUUAUUUGUCUCAUUGCUGCUAUUUUUCUUCAUGAAACUCCACCAGCUUCUACUUCUACAGAAGAAAAUCAAGAGACAAGGUUCUUCAAUGUGUUUAACUUGAUUGCAGUUACAGUAGCAGUUUAUCUCUUGGUGUUUGAUAUCUCUGGACCUCAUAAGCAUGUUGUUUCAUUGGUUUUCACAAUAGGACUUUUGAUCCUAUUAGCCAUGCCACUUCUUGUUCCUAUAUAUUUGGUUUUAAUCAAAACUAGACCUGGUUUUGAUAAAGAAAAACAAAAUCAUGAACCACUUUUGGCACAAAAGAUUGAAAAGGAAGAGACAUGUGCCAAGGUGGAGGAAGUUAAGAUUAAACGAAAACCGGUGUUAGGGGAAGAACAUACUAUCAUAGAAAUGGUGAAAACUGCUGAUUUCUGGGUUUUGUUUAUGUCAUUUUUUUGUGGUGUGGGAACAGGACUAUGUGUCAUGAAUAACAUGGGACAAAUGGGAUUAGCACUUGGUUAUCAUGAUGUUUCUUUGUUCAUUUCUUUCAUUAGCAUUUGGGGUUUCUUUGGACGCAUUCUUUCUGGUUCACUCUCUGAACACUACAUCAGAAAAUCGGGCUUGCCAAGGCUAGUUUGGAACGCAGCAGCUCAAAUUCUGAUGGCUGCUGGUUACAUUGCAUUGGCUAUGGCCUUACCAGGAUCAUUGUACAUUGGUUCUAUGCUUGUUGGAAUAUGCUACGGAGUUCGUCUUACAAUAACACCAGCAGCAGCUUCAGAACUAUUUGGUCUGAAAUACUAUGGCUUAUUGUACAAUAUUCUCAUUCUCAACCUUCCUAUUGGUUCAUUCAUCUUUUCUGGUCUCAUUGCUGGUUAUCUUUAUGAUAUUGAAGCUACUAGUGUGCCGGGAGGUGGAAACACUUGCAUUGGAGCACAUUGUUUCAGGCUUGUGUAUUUUACUAUGGCUUUUGCUUGUGCCUUGGGGUGUGGAUUGGAUAUCUUGCUUUCUGUUAGAACAAAAAAGAUAUAUUCCAAGAUACAUAUAGAGAGAAAUCUUGUCAACCCAAUACUGAGAUGA